AUGACUACUGUUUCAGAAAAAUAUUUACAAACCGUGAUAAAUAAUGUUGCGUCUGAAUUGCAUUUAAAAGAAUGGAGUUUUACUAAAAAAAGUUUUGAAAAUGUAGCUCAAAACUAUUUUGGGUUACUCAUACCGAUAAAUUUAAUUGGCAAAGUUUGUGGGAACUACAUAAAUUUUCCUAUUGUUCUUAAAUUAGCACCAACAGACGAAAGAUUUAGAAAAACAAUAACACCAGCUUAUUCAGUAAAAAGUGUAUGCCUUUGUCACGGUGAUAUUUGGAAAGAAAAUAUUUUGUUCCAAUAUGAGAAUAAUAUACCUCAAUCUGCCUGUAUAAUAGACUACCAAACAACUCGAGUCAGCAGCCCGGCAUAUGAUCUAUUAUAUCUAAUUGUUAGUAGCACCUCAGCAUCAUUAAGAAAAAUACAUUUCAACCAAUUUUUGGAUACCUAUUAUCAAACUCUGGAAGAAACUCUAUUACUGUGUGAUGUGGAACCUAAAAAAGUAUAUUCAAAAGACAUGUUGUUUUAUGAUUUGAAAAUGGUAGGACCUGCAUGCCUUAUUGUAGCAAACACAGCAAUUUGGCUAUCAAGUGGCUUACAACAAGAAGGUCAUGUUCGAAGUAAAGUAAUAUUAACAACAGAAGAAGAAAAAGAACAGGCUGAAAAUAAAUAUAGAGAAAUAGUUAGUGGAAUUAUAGAUGAUUUAAGCAGUUAUGGAUAUUUAUUGUUG